AUGGGCCGACCAGCUCGCGUGCAGAAGACCCCCAGAUCUUCCCCCAGGCGCUUCCCUCGCCAGACGCCGAAAGCAGCGCCUCCUGCGGUCAACCAGGACGGCGAGGCUGGGCAGACGAAGCUACUGCUCUCUUUUGACUACGGAACAAAAACCCUCUCCCUUGCGUUUCGCAUUGCAAAGCCCGAAGAAGCCCCAGCGCCGUCGAAUGUGAUGGACGUCCACUUCUCAAAGAGGGAGUAUUGGGCUCCGCAGAAGGCCGCUUUCGACAAAUCAGGAGAAUUUUACUGGGGCUAUGGGGUUGAAGAGGCGCUCAAGAAGAAGAAAAUCGCUGCAGAGGACGUGAUUGAGCUCUGGAAACUGCUCUUGUACAAGGACCACGAGCUGUCCGGGCUUGCGCAGAGGAGUGAAAAGCAGCUGAAGGAUCGGUCGGUCGGCGAAUUCAUCGCCAUCCACCUCCGAGCAGUGAUUGAAGAGGCCAAGGCCUACAUCAAACGGUCUUCGUCGUUGGAUUACGCCCCCGAGGAAAUCGAUGCCCUCCCCAUCCAACUCUUUCUGAGCGUUCCUCAAAUGUGGAAGGCUCCCUCGAACCUCGUGAUGACACGAGCAGCCAAAGAAGCCGGCGUCGAGCAUGUAGAGCUCGUCUAUGAGCCACAGUGUGCCGCGGCAUACUACACACACAAAGUCCAGGGUCAUCUACCCAAACAGAUCGCCGUCGGAGACAUUCUCCUGAUUGCGGACGUCGGCGGCGGCACCGGGGACUUUGUCUCCUACGAAGCCUGCGAAGACAGCGCUCAGGGAGCUAGCAUUGGGCUUGCGCUCAUUGAUGCAAAAGGAGCUUUGUGUGGUUCCGAGCUCGUCAACCAAAACUUCCUCUACUGGCUUCAAAGCCAAGUCUCCAACUUCGCUGCGAAAUGCGAGGGGCUGCAUCUCAGUACUACCGCUUGUCUUCAGAAAGCCUCUGAGAUGUUCGAGGCGGUCAAGCAAAACUUCUCCUCGCUCGAUGAAGAUCCGGCAUUCUUUGUGAUCAGCGGAUCUCAAGAUGCCAACACCGAGACCUGGCAAAUCAAAUUGACACCGAAGGUGAUACGAAGCUUUUUCGACCCAGUGGUUUCAACUAUCAUCGACCGAAUUGAUGCGCAGCUUCGAGAUCGAACAACGACCUUGAUUGUACCUGGCGGCUUUGGCCGAUCUCAGUAUCUUCUUGACAAGCUUCAAGAACGAUACUCUCACCGGGUGCAGAUUCUCGGGCAAGCCACAGCUGCCGUCGGCGCGUACCAACCUGUGUCUCGGGGGGCACUUCUCCGCUACGACUCGAUCAUUGAGCGUGGCAUGCCAGCGAGCGAGUCAUUCGGCAUCGCUCAAGUGGAGACGUGGGAUCCGCUGUGCCACUCGGAUGCCACAUACUACAAAGGCGACAAGUUACCAAGCGGCAAAACGUGUCGCGCGGAAUACGUGAUGGACAGGGAAGUGGUGGAAGAGUGUCCCUUCGACGAGGAUGUCUUUGUUGUGUAUGAGCGCUGGUGUCCAAUCCUUCAGAAGGCAAGUAAAGGGCGCUGGAAAGCUCCGGGCAAGGCCAUCUCAACCGAAACCUGGCAGCAACACUACCCAAGCGUCGGAGACAAGACCGUGCUGGUGCAAGUCUAUUGGACGGAGAGAGAUAUCAAGGAUCAUGAGUCCAUCCGCGUUGGGAAAGAUGGCACGACACCGCUGAAGAAGGGAAUCGAAUGCUGGGGUGAUGAGCUGGAAAUUCCCCUUCCCGAUCUCAAGGCCCUUGGGUUUGAGGAGAAGGAAUCGUCCACCAAGGGCAAGGUGUUCGAGAUCUACUGGAGAUUGACCGUGACAUGCAGAGGCGCCAACGUGGAGGUCAACUUUCAGAUCGCGAAGCCGCACACGCCUCCGUACGAUGAGGAAGGAGUGUAUCAAGCAUCGGAAGUGGAGUUGACGGAGGACAAGAUCAUUGAGAUUUGCACUGCGACCCAUAGCCCGUUCCCGCGGUCGACAGCUUCUUGA